AUGACGGCCAUCCGACUACGAGAAUUUGUAGAUCGACGACCUUUGAGUCCGCCUAGUGUAUUUAUCAAUCGCCAAGGAAAGGACAUCAAAGGCUAUGUCCCUGGGCAACUGGCAAGAGUUCAUUUUGAUUACAGCGUGAAGAGGGACACAAGGCCCCUCAUAGGCUUGGAAAUCCCACGGGGCAUAACUCCAUAUCAGCCUCAACUCGACCAGCUAACCCUCAUUCGAUACAUUUGUUUUGAAAAAUUGUCAAGGCCUACAAACACGUGGUAUAAUGAAACGACUUACCAAAGAGGCUACUCCCUGCCCUUUUAUGAGGACGGUUUGGAUCGGCAAUUGUGCACAAUUUCAUUGAAUCCUAGACCACUUAAUCCACCACCAGAAGUCUGGUAUUGUGAUUGUGAUGAAAGAAAAUUCUUCAGAAGAAACGCUUUUUAAAACUAUGAAAGCACGGCA